AUGGAGACGGCGGCGGCCACGUGCUACGCCAGCAAGCUGUUCCGUCGCAGCACGCAGAUCCUGGAGCUCACCAAGAAGCGCACGGAGGAGCAGAGCCUGCACGACGUCAUGUUCGAGCUGAGCCGCACCGUGCUGCGCCCGCGCUCCAUGUCGGGGUUGUCGGUGGACUGCCUCGACUACGGCCUCAUCAUCGACGGGGCCACUCUGACGGCCGUCCUGAAGUCCGGCCCGGAGGGUAACUACCGGGAGGUCUUCCUGGAGGUCUCCCGCAACUGCAGCGCCGUGCUGUGCUGUCGCAUGGCCCCCCUGCAGAAAGCACAGAUUGUGAAGCUAAUCAAGGCUUCCAAAGAGCAUCCCAUAACCCUGGCCAUCGGCGACGGAGCCAACGAUGUCAGCAUGAUCCUGGAAGCCCACGUGGGCAUAGGCAUCAUGGGUAAAGAGGGACGGCAGGCGGCGAGGAACAGCGACUACGCCAUCCCCAAGUUCAAGCACCUGAAGAAGAUGCUGCUGGUGCACGGCCACUAUUACUACAUCCGCAUCGCCGAGCUGGUGCAGUACUUCUUCUACAAGAACGUAUGCUUCAUCUUCCCCCAGUUCCUCUUCCAGUUCUUCUGUGGCUUCUCCCAGCAGCCUCUGUACGACACGGCGUACCUAACACUGUACAACAUCAGCUUCACCUCGCUACCCAUCCUCCUCUACAGCCUCGUGGAGCAACACGUCUCCAUGGAUACGCUCAGGAGGGACCCGUCUUUGUACAAGGACAUCACGAAGAACUCUCUCCUGCGAUGGCCAGUCUUCCUGUACUGGACCUGCCUCGGCGUGUUCGACGCCGUCGUCUUCUUCUUCGGUGCCUACUUCCUGUUCGACAACACCACCUUCACCAGCAACGGCCAGCUCAUGACCACCAACACACAGAUGAUGUUUGGCAACUGGACCUUCGGCACCCUCGUCUUCACUGUGCUGGUCUUCACCGUGACAAUAAAGCUUGCCUUGGACACGCACCACUGGACAUGGAUCAAUCACUUUGUCAUCUGGGGGUCGCUGCUCUUCUACGUGAUCUUCUCGCUGCUAUGGGGGGGCAUCAUUUGGCCCUUCCUCAACUACCAGAGGAUGUACUACGUGUUCAUGCAGAUGCUGUCCAGCGGCCCCGCCUGGCUCAGCAUCAUCCUGCUCAUCACCAUCAGCCUGCUGCCAGACAUCAUCAAGAAGGUGCUGUGCCGAGCCAUGUGUCCCACGCCCACCGAACGCGCACAGGGCACUGAGAAGUUGACCCGGGGCCCGGCAGACUCAACCCCGCUCCCCUCUCAUUACCGCUUACUGAAGGGCCACGCCGCCGACUCCUCCCGAAUCCACCUCGGAGUCCCGGAAACGUCGGCGCUGGGAAUGCCUGAGCCCUUCCCUCAGAAACUGCUCCUGGCCCAGCGGCCCAAGGGAGGGGGGCCCGACCUCUGCUCCGCCGUCGGCCCCUGCGUCCUCCGUCUCUCAGGGGCCGGAUUCGCCUACUACGCCCCGGGACCCGAGACCUCAGUGUAAAUGCAAAAAAUACGAACAAUGACGCACACACUCGAAUACACACACAUAUACCGGUGAGACAUGGCGUCCAUGCGUUCGGACGCAAGCUUCUCACCAACGUCUCGUGAGAUGUCCGAUUUGGGAUCCGAGUUUUCAAGGUCUUUUUUUCAUUUUCACCCCAGAGUAUAAAUAGAUAUACCCGGAAAACUGCAAUACAACACAUAAGCCACACUCCGUGCCCGCACAUGGAAGGCGAAAAGCAUGGAACGUCCCUACCCACACGGAGCUCAACAUGUGCAUUCUCUGGCCAACGUUUGCUUGGCCGUCCCUUUAGAGACGAGGGCCCUGGCCUCCCAUUCUCACACACUCACACCAUCCGGCAACACCCCCGUUUGGGUCCAACCCCUGUCGGUAUGUUCCUGUUCCUCGCCCAGCUAUCUGUUCGACGUGAAGUUACUUGAAAGCAGCUGCUGUUUCGAGAGGACCGAGGGGGAACCAUCCAGUGAAUAUCUGUGGUUCACCCAUGUCAACGUGUCAACAGUUAUGCCCAUGUCUUCUCUUUUACCUCCUUUUUGAUUGUCCUGAUCCCCUGUCUACUUCACUUUAACCAUUUUUGACCAUUACAAAUAUUUACGUCUGUGGUCCGGCCAAGUAGGAGCAGCAUCCAGGGGUCUGCCCCGUCGUUGUGGGAGUGUUUGUGGGAGAGAGAGAGAGUGUGUGUGAGUGUGUGUUUGCAGGUGUCUCUUUGGGUACCUGUAUACUGUAUGAUUGUGCUGUUGUUGUUGACACACCUUUGCCUUACAGUCACCCCACAGCAGCAGGCUAGGUGCCAAAGGAGACAGAGUUGGAGGUGUCAAAGAAGCCUUACAUAACCCAUCAUCAGCUCAGUAGGGAACAAGCUGUGAAGAGAGGGAUGUACACGUUCUCUAACCAUCCUGCCUUAACUCAAAGAGGCCCAUUUAUUUUCAAUAGAAUUAAUAUCUACUCUUCUAUUCGUUGACCACUUUUGCGAGUCGAGCAUCACUCGAGUGUGUACGCCGAUCAUCCAGUGACGUAUGUUCAGCUAUGCGAUGUGAUGUCCCUUUUUCUCUUUUUCGUCCAUGCUUUUUGUUGUUGUCGUCUCUUAUUAAGCCCAUCUCUGUUCGCUCACGUUAUCUGCCUGUGUGGGCUGCUGGACCUGUGUGUUGCAUGCGGCUCAUCUAUUCUUCCCCUCGCUGUUCCCCUGCCUCACGCUCGCAGGCGUCAUUCAUCACCAACUGUAUCACCAUGACACCGCCCCCCCAUCUCCCCACCCCCCCCUUUCCAAUAACAAUGAGAACGUAUACUGCUCAAUGUUGCCUCCCUGUGGCCAUUUAGGGUUUCUGCAGUCGUGUGUUAAUGUUCAUGGGGACGCAUGCUGGAUUGAAGCUCCUUUUGGCCGUUUUUGUCAAGGCUGACAGAGUUGCUACGUGGAUAUCCGGAAUGACUUGAAGUCAUUUGUUGCAUUGUGCUUAAACCUGUCACUUGGGUUGUAUGUGUAUGCUUGCUGCUGUGUGCUGCAAAUGUUGGAUGUCGGUUCCCCUAAGAAUGCUUAUGUCAAGCUCCUCGUAUUAGGAGGGGCUUUCUCUAUACUGAAUUGCUCGUUCUGUUUCUUGUUUCCUUUUUUUAUAUACACUGUUAUAAUAACUGUUAUAAUAACAUAACGGUUACUGAUGAUGUCUGGACGUUCCAUUAUAAUAUGGAGUAAGGGUGGGAGGGUUGGAUAUUGAAGGAGGAUGGGAGGCUUGAAUCAGCGGCGUCACAAUCAACUCUCAGAAGAAGAAGAAGAAGAAGGAAUGUGGAACUGAUGUGUCCAUAUUGUCCUCCAGCCUAAGAUUGUAGCUUGUAGACAACGCUCUUUUCUACAUUUCUAGCAUUAAGAGUCCUUUUCGGCCAAAGCUUGUCUGUCUGUCUCAAUGAGUAGAGAGAGCGAGACAGUAUGUCUGACUCUGAACCCUCUCUAUAUAUGUGUGUAUGUGUGUGUGUGUGUGUGUGUGUGUGUGUGUGUGUGUGUGUGUGUGUGUGUGUGUGUGUGUGCUCACAACGUUAGCCCCGCAGUCAAGAAACAUCCAGCCAGCUCCAAAACCAUGUACUUAGAUAGAUUGUCUGCCGCUCCCAUUUUGUUUGUGUUUCCUUUCUGCAAAUACUACUGCUCUAGGGUUCAGAGGUCCGGACUCGAUUUUCCGUUGGUUUCUGUUUUUCCACUCGUCCUGACACAACCUAUGACCUCAGAGGUUAGCCAGAGAGAGAGAGGGAGCGAGAGGGAAAUUGGUGCUUGUUAUGCAGUGUUUCACCUCACUAUGGCGUUACGGCCAUACCGUACUGUACACCCCUGAGGUGGCAUGUCACAGAACAAAAGCCCACUACAACCAUGUUGUAAGGUCUAUUUUUAAUACCGCGGAGCAAUGGUGGAACUCAGAUCACUCAAAGACCAUAUAGAUCUAUCUGUAUAGAUAUUAUUUUUCAUUGUUAUUUUUUUAAUCAUUGUCCCAACUCACGACACACUGUCAUGUUUUGUCCAAGGCGUAACUGUUGCCUCAAUCAGUUCGUCCUCUUGUGUUAUUUAUGUUGGCCACGGUUGUGAAUACUUAAUUUGCACACUUCUGUAUCCUGGAGAUAAGACUAUUUUUAACACUAUUUAUUUAGAAUAUGUAUUUCAAGUUUGUAUCCAAAACGAGAACAAAAUACAUCCUAUGAGAAUAGCUCAAUAGUUCUACACGCACUUUGUUUCAUGAAACAGAUUAGUUUAUCCCCUAAAAGUUAUCUAGAUAUAUAAAAAGAAGGCCUAAUGUUCACAUAUUGGGGUUUAUAUAAGUGUUCACUUUGUCCUCACAGGUUAUUUUUCUAAGAAUAGUAGUAGUGGGCUAAAGCAAAUUUACGUGUGACCAAAUUGACUAGGAAUGAACUGUCUCGAUAGGCUUCAGAUAUCGUCCAAUAGGUUUUAAUUGCACCAGCCUUCUUCUGCUUACUGGAAUGUCAAAUAGCUUUUUUAAGCCCAUCGGCGCAACCGCGGCAGGUGCUCGUGACGUCACCUGCUGAGCUCAACGAGCGCGUUGGAUGGCUGUGCUCUCAGUCGCAGCGUAGAGCGAACUGCAUCCCAUACCUUCAGUACAGUACUGUUUGUAUUACUAAACAGGUUUUGACAACUUUUUUUGUAUGAAAAUUUUAAAAUUAUGUUAAUCUGUUGACUUUUUCCUGUCAGCAUAUCUGUAGCGAAUGAGGGCAAAUCACUGUAUUGUCAUUCUGCCUGUACUAAGGAAGCAAAAUAAAAAAUGAAUAAAAAAGGUCUUGGGUUCUCUCCAUAUAAUUGUCUAAAUUGUAAUGGUUCAACAGUUGCCUAAUUCCAAUUAGAUUAUAUUGUAAAUAAAACUGUACUUGUCUA